UGAUCGUCGCAGCCAAUAAACAGACCAUUGCAAGGGAGAAGCUCGUGACAGGCAGGACCUCUGUCAAAAUUUUCGCCAUUGGAGGAAAAUUGACAAGAAAUUAAGGCUGGAAACGAGAAAUUAAGGCUGGGAAGGAGUUCUGACUAUGGGGUUGAAUAACGUGUUGGUGCUGUCCCAAGUGACCACGUAUAUCAUCGCCUUCUUGCUGUCGCUUUGUAUCAUUAUUCCCAUUUCGUAUCAUCUGAGUGAUUUCCGAGGACAUUGCUUGUUGUUCAGCAGAGGGAAUUGGAGUGAGACCGAUGGGCAGCUGGAAGUUAGCUGGGGCUCCCAAGCCUUCUGCGACUAUAAUAUCAGCUGGGCCAGUAUUUCUCUCUUGAUUGCCCUUGUUCAGAGUUACAAAUGCAUUGUCCAGCUGUGCACAGGAGGAGAGAGGUAAG